CCGCAGCAGCCGCAGAAGGCGGGCGGCAGCGAGCAUGGAGCGCGAGCUGGAGGCGCUGACCGCCCGGCCCGCGCACCCGGCGGAGCCGCCCUUCCAGGCGCUGGUGGAGGCGGCGGGCGGCCAAGGGCAGGUGCUGCUGGUGGGCGAGCUGUGGGAGCGCGAGCAGAGCCGCACGCUGCUGUGGGACUUCGCCCGGGCGGUGUUCCCACCCCAGCAAGCCCCGGGCAAGCCGGGAGACGCGGCGGUGCCGGGCACCGGGCCCGGGGCGCCGGGGGCGCAGAAGGCGCCCAGGAUGGCGGGGGCGCGCGCCUUCCGCUCGCCGCUGGUCUUCGUGCUGUGCCGCGCGUCGUCGCUGGCCGCCCGGCAGCCGCGGCGCCACCUGCGGGAGAUGCUGCGGGACGUGCGUGGCCGGCGCCGGGCCGGGGCGGCGCUGGUCGGGGUGCUUGUGGCCGAGGCCGAGCGGGAGGACGAGGUGGCCCCGGAGCUUCGGGUUCUGGAGGCGUUGCUGCGCACCGUGUUCGGCCGCCAGGCUGGGGGCCCAGUACAAGCGGCCGCCUACUGUCCCGGCCACCCGGCCUCCAGUCUGGCCGUCCAGGAGGCCGCCUGCAGGGCUCUGCAAGCCGCAGGGCCAGCGCGACCAGAUGGAGCCUGGGAGAGACCUGGCCUCCCAGCUCUGCUGGCGUGCUUUUCCUGGGGUCCUUGGAGCCGGGGGAAGGAUGCAGAUGCCAGCCCCCCAGCUGAGGGUGACUGCCAGGACCCCGAGGAGGAGCUGGCACUGACAGCCGUGUAUCCCAACGGAGACUGUGAGGAGACUGGAAAGGGGUCAGGAGCCUGGGAUGGAGUUGCCCCCGCUCCCGCUGAGCCCACUGGAGACUUGAGAUGAAAGGCGGACCCCUGGCUGCCCGAGCUCUAACCUGCAGAUCAGAGGCUGGCUCCUUUCACUGAGCUGCCCGGCCUCCACGUUGACCUUGGGAUGGUGGUAACUACUAAGGUGCCACCUGCCGGGAGGCUGUUGCAUUGACAACCAGGCAGAUGCCAGCCAGGCCGCAGGACUUACUAAGCUAAGCUGGACCUUGGAAAAUGUAUCCUGGGGAACCUGCCCCCCACCUCGUGUUUGCUCACUCUCUGGUCACAGUGGGGUUAUUUUUUCUCUGUGUGCCUCGAUUUCUCUAUGCCACUGAGACAGAUGGCUAUGUACUUGGAAGUUCUGCUGUGCUGUGGCAUCCUGGGGCUGUUUGCAGGAACAUCCAUCAUUUCAAGGGCAGCUGGGCCAGAAGUCAUCAGAUCUGAGAAGGUAGCCAUGGACUUGUCACCUGUCACUCAGCCUUUGGGGCUUCUGUUUCUCAAAGGCGUAAAAGCACUGUCAGCCAAGUGGCUCUCAACUAGGGGCCAGGCUGCCCCUCCUGGCAGCACUGGAAGUGUGUGUGUGUGUGUGUGUGUGUGUGUGUGUGUGUGUGUGUGUGUUUGGAGAGUCACUGCAACUGUGGGCUACCCCUGGCAUUUCAUGGGCAUCUCACAAUGUGCAGGACAGUUCCAGCAGCAUAGAAUUAUUCCAUUCAAAGUGCCAAGCGUGGCAACUUUGAGAAACCCUGAAUGAGACAAUCUCCUCCCCAUUAAAAUCUAGGAAGAGUCCCCAGAGCAGAGAGUGUUGGCCUUUCUGGGACCGUGGCUCCCAGAGCAAGCCAAGACAAAGACACACUGCCACCCUGGGGGCCUGUUGGGCCAGAGCCAAGAUGGUCCACAUGCUGCAGGCCCAGGACAUUAACUAGCUUUGCACAUCUAUGAGAAAAAAAGGGCCAUCUUUCUUUUUCUUGUUGACAUUGACUUUCUGUGCCAAGGUCUUUGAGAAUAAAGAUGCUAGGAACUGGA